UACUGUUCUUUAACAUAUUUGAUGCUGAUAGUUUAGAUAUGCAUAAUAGCAAAGAGUAAGAAGGUUAUUUAAUAAAUUCAUAUUUUAGGUCAAGAAGUUUCGUUUCCUUGAGGUGAUCAGUCAGUUGACAGCUGAAAAAAAGCUCACUGACUUCCCAACUGUUGUUUGUUCAAGUGAACGGUUCAAAUGGCCUUGAUAAUAGCAUACCUCGCAUUCUCCUCCUCAGUCUGAAAGUUUGUAGGCAGAGGGUCAUUUGAGGACAGAAUAUGCUCCCCCUCGUUCAGGACAAUCACUACCCACUGCUAACAAUGAAGGCGCAAGCAGGAAGACUUCAACGAUGUGUGCAGCCUGAAGGACCACUUAGUUGCUCCUCGGUUUGGAGACCAUGGACAACUUUAAGAGAAACUGAAUCGCCCCAGGAAAAAUUUAACUCAGUGACAAUGGUGACAAAAACUAUACCCAAGGUUGCCCAUGGAUUCCAGCACCCAGUCAGGCUCUACAUGCCCAAAUCCAGGACUCAUGAAUAUAUGUUACGUUUAGGAAAGAAGGUCCUGGCCAGUUUCCCUGUCCAAGCCACUCUUCAUUUUUACAAUGAUGACUCCAGUUCUGAGGAAGAAGAUGAAGACAUAGAAGAGCACAAAACGUAUUUGCAUGGGCUGGACCAUAGGAGACACCCAUCUCAUCUCCUUAGUUCAUAAAGAUAGCUGUGAAGCCUGGCUGAUUUGGAUACAAGAAGUAUGGACUGGUGGAUGGAGCUGUGAAGGUGCUGGGCCCAAGUCAUACAUGUGGCUCUGCUGAAGUGAUCAUGUUUACUACUGGACAAUGCCAACAAACCUUGAACCUGGAUCUAUGGCCACUUCUCCCCAACAAUGCCCUGAGUUGGACCUUGUGAACCUAAAUAAUUUUGUUAACCUUUUGUGUCUAAACAACUUCCUUUUUUAACUGUAUAUCAAGCAUGAUAUGCACUUUCUUAAGUUCUACACUAUCCUAUUUCAGUGGGUGUUUUUAAUAGGGAAAGAAUUGUUAUUUAUAGUCAG